GAGCGUAACUGCAGUUCACCACUUACCAGUAGGGGCCGCCAAAACUCCAUUUUAGAACAUUAAAGAGUCUAAUUUUAUGAAAUUCAUUUAAAACACAGGGAUUUUCUUACUCUGUUACACAGUUUUAAAAAAUGUGAUAGCCAAGUCUGUGACUAGUCUUUAGAUUUGAGAGGGUGUCAGACUUUACUCUUUCUGUUAAAAGUCUUUUUUAGAGUCUUUUAUGUAGUGUUUAUGAACAGCAUUACGUGAAUGGAUGCUAGGGCAGUAGGCGGAACCAAAUGGCUUAGCGGAGGAAAGCCGUGUUCUCAUUGGUCGACAGUUCUUUGGUCGACAGCACCAAUGUCUAAUUGGUCGACAGUCACAUCAUUUAUUUAUCAUGGGCGGGGCUAAACCUGCCGGUUAAAUAAAUGCUCGGACUCGCUCUUGUCCCGUAGUUCAGUCCGGGUUAGUGUUCAGAGUCCUGAAAGCGAUAAAAGAUGAUUAUCGACCGAAUCUCCGAGGGCUAUUCAGCUGUUCUCGACAGAGACACAGAUGUAAUGACCAGUCCGGUUCAUCUCUGGUCCUUUUACGGCUGCUCUUCUCCCGCCACGGAGCCGAGCAGCUGCAGCGGGCAGCAGUCGCCCUGGUCCCCGGGAGAGUCGGAGCGGAGCUGGGGCAGCGCGGCGAGUCCUCCGCUGACCGAGCUCGGACUGCAGGGCAGCGUUACCGUGGACUCUCCCCUGGACGUUUUACAGCAUUCAAGUCGGUACCAGGGAGUAAGAGUGAAAAAUACAGUCAGGGAUCUCAUUAUGCAGAAACGGAGCUGUGACAUUCAGACACAGAAAUCUAACAACGAAACAGAAUUUCCAGCCAUAACACAAUUGCUGCAGUCUGCAAAACGUAAAUAUGAGAGUGACUUUCCUCAAACUGUCCCUAAAAGGCCUGCUACUUCACAAAACAAUGUGCUGUCUUCAUGUUGUCUCAGCGAGAUCAUCCCAAAAGAACAAACCAUCUGUACAGGUUUUGGUGACCUCUUCAGCAGUGGAGGCCUGUCUAUCGACUCUGUGAAGGUACAGAGCAGUCCACUUCCAGAGCCACAGGAGCCCCUGCCCACCUACUACACCACAACCCCCAGCCCCCAGUACUCCAGCUGCCAGCUCUCCCAGGUUCAAGAAAGCCCAUACAUGUCCCCUUUCCAAAGCCCGAGCCCACAGCAAGGCUUCACGCCCUGUGUGUCCACAGCCGCUCCAGUGUCUUUCUUCCAGUGGCAGAUCCAGCAGGAGGAGGAGAAACUAGCCAACUUGACCCCUCAGGACCUCAUGUCCAAGGAUGCUGAUGGAGACACGUUCCUUCACAUCGCAGUAGCCCAGGGGAGAAGAGCUCUGGCUUAUGUGCUCGCAAAGAAAAUGGCCGACCUUGGCAUGCUUGACCUGAAGGAACAUAACAAUCAGAGUGCAUUCCAAGUGAGUGUGGCAGCCAACCAGCACCUGAUUGCACAAGACCUUCUCUCUCUGGGAGCCCAGGUGAACACUGCAGACUGCUGGGGCCGUUCCCCUCUGCAUGUGUGUGCUGAGAAGGGCCACACCCUGACCUUACAGGCCAUUCAAAGAGCGAUGGACAACAAUGGCCAGAGAGUGAAUGUUGAAGCAGUGAAUUAUGAUGGUCUCACCGCCCUCCACAUUGCUGUCUUGUCCCACAAUGCUGUGGUUCAGGAGCUGAGCCGUAUAGGAGCUCCUCAGUCCCCACAAACCACAGCUCUGAUGCAAAGAAGAAAGCUGCUCGGGGAAUGUAUCAACACUCUCCUGCAGAUGGGUGCCUCGUAUGGCACAACGGACCGUAAAAGUGGACGCACUGCCCUGCAUAUGGCUGCCGAGGAGGCCAACGUCGAGCUCCUGCGUCUUUUCCUGGAUCAGCCAAACUCUUUCACUGUGGUCAAUGCCAAGGCUUAUAACGGGAACACAGCACUCCACGUGGCUGCAGCACAGCAGGGGCGGCAGGCACAGGUGCAUGCGGUGCAGCUGCUGAUGAGAAGAGGAGCUGACCCCAGUUCUAAGAACCUGGAGAAUGAGCAACCCAUUCAGCUGGUACCCGAAGGAACCGUUGGGGAUCAGGUGCGUCGGAUCCUGAAAGGCCGCUCUGCCCAGUCCCGGUCUUUUGUGCCGUAACAGGAGCCGACCCGCCGAUCCCUUCCGUCAGAAACACUGUCAGUUAGGCAGUCCAAUCUGUGUACAGUUUCAUUUGCCGAUAUGAGGCAGAUGUCAGUUGUUUCUAUGAAACAAUUACAGUUGUUCACUACUGCGUAGUUGAAGGAAUAUGGAGGUUGAGUCCAGAGCUAAAACGAAUAGAUCAGCCAUCAUCAAACGAUUAGAAGAGUCAGGAUUUUCUGAUUCGUUUGUUGAGGGUUACAUUAAAAUUUGUUUAGCAAUGGGCUCCGGAUAGUAAAGGUUUGUUUUGUAUUAUAUAUAUAUAUUUUUUUUAAUGUUGAUGUUGAUUUGUAAUUGUAAAUGUACAGUGUUGCUGUUGUCAUGCAAAAAAAAAAUCUUGUAUCUCAAAACAAACAAACAAAAAUAGCUUUAAAUAUAUAAAGGAUUUACUUCCAAGUCAUUUGGAUGCAUUUCUAUUGGUCAAUUCAAGAUGACAUUUGAAACUGAUAUAAAUGUUCACUUUAUUUCUAAAAGUGAAAAACAGGAAAAGCUGAGUUACAAAGCUUUUGCAUGACUGCAAUGAUAAUUUUCUUUUUUUUUACUCUUUUUGCCAUGUUUGAAGCAACAGUCCAUAAGUUUUUUGGAGGAUUUGGGUGAGCAGAUGAAGACUCUAAAAUCUAAAAUCUCAAUUUCAGAGGCUGCGCAUGAGAUUUAAGUACGUUAUGUGUAAAUAAAGUCAUGUGACGUGGACAGAAAAACCUACCAGACCACUCUGCUUUUAGAAUAAAUAUUUUAAAAUGUUGCAGUUUAACAUACUGCAACAUUGACACCAUCUAUUACUGUAUUUUUUGCACUACUGCUCUGAAGGUCUGCUGCUUUAAAGAUGAGCACAGUAAAAACCAGACUAAUCACAUUGUAAAAAAAAAAAAAAGUUAUUUGUUGGCUGUGUGAUCUCAUACAACCUCUGCCCAGACUUUUUUGGUGCUUGUCAUCAUGGUUGUGCAGCCUUCCAUAUCUUCUUUAUCUGCUUUGAGAUUAAGCUCGAUCGUUAAAGCAGUUCUGCACGUCAUCCGUGCCAAGAAACUUUACGAAACACUGUCGAUGACUUGAGAGUCAAUGACUCAUAAGAUGUUCUGGCAUGUCAUCACCGAAAGUGUCUUCGAAAGCUCAGAAUGUGAGCACACGGGGGAAUUUUAGGUACGGUGUUUUAGUCAAGCGUUCGCUACUCCUUUUUAUGAAACUUCUAUAUAUAUUUUUACUGAUAUUUUUAAAUAUUCAGAUGUAAGUUGAUGUGUAUAAUUUGCUGAUUUGCUUGUAUCCCAGACAUUUGCAUCAUAAAUACAAUUCAAGUCUACAGUGGUGUGGGUUAGGUAGAAGGGUUACUAUUCACAACUUUUAUUGUUGUUUUUGUUGUUACAAUGACUAAUGCUCUAAAGACAAUACUGUAAAUCUUUAACAAUGAUAAUCUUGGCAAUGGGAUUUUUUUUGUUAGUUGUGUUUUUGUUUUGUUUUUAAUGUAAUGAAAUGUUCUAAUUUGAUAUUCCUGAUGCUGGAAACAUAUUUGAAGGAUUUUACUUUCUUUUAUUCACUGUAUUGAUGUAUUGUGUAUGUACCUUUUCUACAUUUGUUAAUCACUGAAAUAACCUAAGCUUUCUUAAUUACACUGUUGGUGGAGUUUUAAGUAUGUCUCAUAGACAGAUAUUAAAAAGACAGUUUCGGUUUCUUGUUUUUUCUUUCCAUGUUUGUUAUAAUAUAAUUGUACACUGACACCUUAAUAAAGGCUUGAUAAUGUCA